GGGCUUAAUCAUUCUUCAGGUGGUUCUUUUUUGGGCAUGAUCUAUCCAGGUGAAUCGCCUAUUAAAGGUCCCCACUCCCCAGAUGUCGGCACCCCAAAGGGCGUGAGGGACGAUCCCAGCCAGCCUGGUAAUAAAACCCAACAAAUCGAGGUCCUACACAAAAUGUUUUUACGUGAAUUUAAAGAGUAUAUGAACAGCUGGUUGGUGACAAAGUUUGUGCCCUCCAUCUACACCGUGGUUCUCCUCGUGUCUCUUCCUCUCAAUAUAAUGGCGAUCAUCGUGCUCUUGGUGAAGGUGAAGGUGAAGAAGCCGGCAGUGGUGUUCCUGCUGAAUCUAGCCGCUGCCGACGUUCUCUUUGUUUGUAUUCUUCCUUUCCACAUCGUGUACCGAUUCUCUGGAAAUAACUGGAUGGUGGGGGAAGGGAUGUGCCGAUUUGUCACGGCCAUGUAUUUAAGUAACAUGCGUGGAUCCAUCCUGCUGAUGACAGGUAUCGGUGUGGACCGGUUUCUGGCUCUGGUCUACCCAGUCCAGUCCCUUUCCUGGCGCACCGUGAGAAGAGCCUGGCUGGUGUGUUGCUGCAUCUGGGUGAUAUCGAUGGUCAGCACCGUGCCGAUUCUCAUAAGGCAACAAACCCGUCAAUUUCCCGACCUGAAGAUCACAACUUGUUAUGAUAUUCUGGAUGCCGAAUUGGUUGAAAGGUUUCAUGUUUACUACAUUUUCCCCAUUUGUAUCGCACUUUUAUAUUUUUUACCUUUAAUUAUUACAAUCUUCUGUUACAUUGGAAUUGUCCACAGUCUCAGCUCACCGAGCAUGAAGGGCGCCCAGAAGAGGUCCCGAGCCAUCCUCCUGACUGUGGUGGUGUUGUGUGUGUUUGUCCUCUGCUUUGGCCCAGCCAAUGUUAUUUGGUUCAUGCAUUUCCUGCAGGUCUAUAACGAAGGUAAUAACGUCCUGUACAUCGUCUACAUCAUCAGUGUCAGUGUGAGCAGUAUCAGUUGUUGUCUGGAUCCUCUGAUCUAUUACUUUGCAUCCUCGGAGUGGCAGAGACACGUCUACAGCCUGCUGGGAUGUAAGAGAGGACAGACACCACCAGUAGGCCAUCAGAGGGUCCUCCUCCACAAAGACCAGACACAGAAAACUCCCAACAAACCGUCUGAAACUUCCCGGUUUAUAUAACUGGAGGAGGCCGAACACUUCCAGAAAGUGUUCCCUUUUAUUAAGAAUAAGAAUUCAUAUCUGAUUUACUGAUCGUUGUAUGAGAGUAUUAAGUGCUUACAGUAUAUGCCGAUGUUGGGUCCUUUAUAUAACAGGCUCACUGGCUGGAAAUUACUGUGCAGAAAGAUCUUGUUAGAAAUGAUCUUGGUCUUGUUAGAAGGUUGUUGGGAGGUGUUGCUAGAAACUCCUUGUCACUGCCACCAUUCUACAUUCUUAGAGACUCCUAGUGUUGUGCUUUUUUAUGGUCAUUUUUACCCGCACAGUAUUUAUUAUGAAUUAUUUUUUAAUGAAGAUAUUUUUGAAUACAAGUCAAUCUAUAUGACAGUCUAUAAUAUGAAACUUAUUC